AUGGUUCGACCAUGGGGUAUCACAAAAUUCCUGGCCCUCGCUUGCGCAUUUGUAUCAGUUUCCCAGGCAAAUUCCAUUGUGGAAAAAGCAAGUUUUGGGCACAAUGGGAAGAUAUCGGCAGACAAGCAUGUAAUCCCCGGCUGGCAGCUGUCUGGGACGGGGCAUACUCCUCACAAGCUGUCGGAUCGAGUGAUUUUGACCCCCCCAUAUACCGGUAACAAACGGGGAUCGCUGUGGUCCGAACAACCGUUUGACGGAUCCGAAUGGAUAGUCGAUUUUGAUUUCAGAUCCAACGGCGCAGAGAGGGGAGGCGGAAAUCUCCAGCUCUGGUACGUCAAGGAUGGACUGUCCAAAAUCUCAACGGCAAGCGUAUACACUGCUGGCCGGUUUGAUGGGUUCGUCCUUGUAAUUGAUGUACCGAACGGAAGAGGCGGAAGCGUCCGGGGCUUUUUAAAUGACGGCACCACAGAUUAUAACAGCGCAAAUGUCGACGGCCUAGCAUUUGGGCAUUGUGACUACUCAUAUCGGAAUCUCGGACGACUCUCACACAUUCAAAUCAAACAAACAAAAUCAACAUUUGAGCAACAAGUGACCGGCGCUGGCGGCAACGGCAUUGAUAACCGGCUCAAUGACUUGCAAAACCGUCUGCAAGGGCUAGUAGGAACUGCGGACCGACUUCUGACUGAAAUCCAGUCACUAUCCAGAAAAGUCGACGAGCGUCACCAGGACACCUUGCAAAAACUAACUGCAAAUCGUGAUCAGGUGGGUCAAAUGGAGCAACGGAUGCAGCGCAUUGAGAACAUGCUCCAGGCCGUGCAGAAGGGCGUGACAGACUCCGACCUCAAGAAUCAGUUGCACAGGCUGCAGGAUGCCUUGAAGACAUCACACACGGGAGUGAUCGAGCAACUCCAAUCGACUUCACAUCAGAUACUCUCCUCCAAGCCGCGAAUGGGAUUCUUCAUCUUCCUAAUAGUUGUGUGCCAACUUGGACUUGCCGCUUCGUAUAUCGUGUACAAACGGCGUCGCGCAAAUAUGCCCAAAAAGUUCCUUUAAGGUGGAUGGAAUAUCCGUUGCAUACCUAACAUUCUACCCCUACAGGAAAAGAUGAGAAAGAGGGAGAAAGAAAAAGAAAAGAUUUGUCCAAAUGCUUAAAUAUCUGACUGAAAUACCAACAAAUACAGCAAAAAUUAAGACAUGACGACGUGAGAAAUAUAAAGAAAGAAUGAUAUCCACUAUCACCACAAGGAUCAAAGACGAUUAUUUAAACCGAGAUAAAAUGGGAAAAGGGUAAGGAAUGAAAAGAUAUAAGGAAACAAAGUCCGUGAAAUGAUACACUUAUCCAUAUACCUCCUUCUCUCACCAGCUAUUUCCCCAUCUUUGGUUGGCAAAUGAUUUGCCCAUUAUUUAUCUAUUAUACUCCUCUUUACAUUUUCCCCUUGCUAUCUAUCAUCUUGUACCAAGUUGACCUGCUUCACGUUUCGGUUCUGUUUUAUUCCCAUAUACUAACCCUUCCUUGUUGGCGGUAUUUUCCAUCUUGCAUCCAGUUUGUAAGUGAGCUCGAAAGAUUUUGUCCAGCUUAUUGCUUCCUUCCUCACUUUCGUCCUCCUCCCUUCUUUUGAAAUUUCCCAGUCAUGUUUUCCACUUGUUUUUCAUUCCUGUUUUCCCUUUCUGGCUUUACUUUUCAACUUCCUAUCUUUCCAUAGAUAUAUACGCCUGCUAUGUUUUGCGCCCUGAUCUCUAUCCUCUAUGAAUGUGUUCCCUCAUAAUCAUCAUGAUUACUCUCGAUCUCCCUUCCACUCGAUAUCAAAAUGUCCCUAUUAUCGUUGUACCGGGUCGCUUCAUCUCCGCCGCGUCCAUCGGACUAAAAAUAAAAUCAAAAAUAAGCAACU